CUGUGCGUACCGCACCACUUUACGGCUUUUCGUCCGCCGUUUCCGAACAGAUCGUGUUUUUAGUUUCUCUGCUUGCGUUGCAGUGUAGCGUUAUCUGGUGUCUGAAAUCGUGAUGGGUGAAAUGGACUCGAAAAUAUCGGACUUUUACUUUUCGUAUAUAUGCGGGUUAUCUUUUUGCAAAUGCUAAAGACUGGUGGAAAAUACUGGGGAACGUGAACCAGACUGCUUUUUCCGGUGGCUUUUUCCUAGGACUUGAUUUUCCAGGAGACCAGGACCAGGACAAUAUUUUUGAGGCCGUGCGUUUCGAUUUUUUUGCGGUGGAAUAAUGGGGAUUGGAACGUGCUCCGAGAGUUUUGUUUAUUUUAAUGUGGAGCGGUGCAGUUGAUGACGAUUUUAAAUAUCACCAGUGCUCAAAGGAAACUCUAACAUGGAGAUGACUGACAGUGAAGCAGAUUUGAUGGCAAAGGAAAAUCCCGACGAAUUUGUGUUCGUGGAUAAUUACGCACAGGAAACCUUUGGACAGCAGUUAAAUAUUCUUCGCCGUAAUCGCGAAUUUUGUGAUGUUACCCUGCAAGUUGGUCAGCAUGAAAUUGCCGGCCACAAGUGCGUGCUGGCCUUGGCAAGUCCACGAUUUUUUCAAAUGUUCAGUAAAGAGCCGAGGCCCACAUUUGAACUCGAUGUAUUGGGGUUGGAGUAUGAACCUGUAGAAGCUUUGGUGGAAUUUGCAUACACUUGCAGGUUGACAGCCAAACCGGAAACGGCAAAAGCCCUAUUCAAAACAGCUGCCAAAUUGCAGAUGGAACGAGUGGUGCAUGCCCUUGGCGACUUUCUCAUACAGCACGUCACAGUCCAGAGUUGCAUAGGUGUACGAUCCAUAAUCAAUAGGGAAUACACGGCGGCCCUGGCGGAUAAAAUCGAUCUAUUCAUCAAAGAAAACUUUGCCGAAGCCAUACUGACUCCGGAAUUCAUUGCUCUCCCUCGCGUACAGAUAGAAGUUAUUCAGAAAUCUGAACAAGAAGCCAGCCACACCAACGAAUUUCAGCUUUGCCAAAUGGGAGUGGACUGGAUCCGGAAAUGCCUUGUGGAUGACCAGUGGGACAUGUCAGCACUGACAGAGAAGGUCCAUUUGCUCUUCGUCAAAGGGGACGAUAAUAUCCUGCAUGACUGUGUUGAAUUGGACGAGCUGGAUGAAAAUGAGAAAGGCCUAAAUCGGGAAACGUUUGUGCAGGAUUAUAAGAUCAUGAGCAAAAAUAAAGCCGCUCCCCAGCACAAAAAUGGAAGUAAAUCUUCGAGAGCCAACUCAUUAAAUCGCAAUCCAGCUCGUGCUCGACAGCUGCUCUUCUCCGGAAACAGUAAUGGGCAUUUGAUACAGAAUGAGGAUGAAGUUGAUAUCAAAUGGAAACUGAUUGCCGCUAUGCCGACAGCGGAGCGCACCCACAUUGCGCUGACAGUUGCGGAUCGGCAGUUGAUAUCACUCAGUGUAGUUCAGCGGAUUGCCGCCAACAUCAGUGUCAGCACGGUCGAGAGUGUCGCAGUGCCGGAAGAGAACGGCCAGGAAAAUGUGCUGAACCCGCUAGCGCCGAUGAAAGCCCCGCGAUGCGCAUUUGGCGCUGCUUCCUUUGAGAGCAAGAUCAUUGUGGUUGGUGGAUAUAAUCGGGGAGAAUGCCUUGAUUCUAUGGAAAUAUUUGAUUCCGUUGCGAAUUGCUGGUCUACUCUGCCGUCCAUGUCCACUCCCAGAGCGCGCUUUGAUAUUGCCAUCGUAAAGGGAACUAUUUUCGCCGUUUGUGGUUCCGAUGGGACAAAAGAUUUACAAACAGCGGAAUGUUACACAAGUGAUUCCGAAAUAUGGCAGUCCAUUGCUUCUUUAAGUUCUGCACGAUCCAGUGCAGGCGUCUGCGCGUUAGAUGGACGAGCUUUGUGUAUUGGUGGAUGGAGUGGGCAAACAGUUUUGAAAUGCGUCGACGCAUACGAUCCCGACGUAGAUCAGUGGUUACCUUAUGCUCCUCUUCAGACAGGUCGAUCGCAAGCGGGGAUAGAUAUUCUCGAUGGAAGAAUCUACGUUGUGGGAGGAUGUGAUAAUUGGGAUCGUUUAAAUACAGUUGAAGUUUAUGAUCCACGAGCCGAUUCAUGGUCGUUUGUUGCUCCUUUGCAAACGGCUCGACGGGGAGCUGGUGUUACGCACCGCGAUGGCAAAUUAUAUGUCAUCGGAGGCAGCGAUGGAACUCAGUCGUUGUGCUCGGUUGAGAUAUACGAUCCCCGGCUGAAUCGGUGGAUUCCUGGCCCAAGCCUAAGUAUUUCUCGAGCGAAUCUAGAAGCCGUCGAACUGGAGGGUACGCUUUUUGCUCUUGGGGGCUACUCAGGGAAGACCUUCCUGAAUUCUAUGGAAGUGUUGCGUGAUGCUGAGUGGACAGAAUUUAUUUCUCAGUAAAUGAUUGUUUGCUCCUGUAAUGUUUUAUUCCUGCUUCAAUCCGCCCGCAGUUUAAUAAAAUAUAUAGUUUGCUGUUUAAUCAGUCGGCGUGUUUGCUGCUGGACCAAUGGCAUAAUACGCCUAAAUCGUUUAAUUUCAGUUUUAUUCUGUGCUUUUAUUUUAUUUAAUUAUUGUGUGUUCUGUGUUGAACCCUGAUGUGCAGUCGGUUGAAUUUUUUUCAUUCUGAUCGGCUUGUAUUCUUGCCAUGUGAUAACCCGAGAUAUCUAUUUAGUUUAUAAAAAUAAUUUAAAGUGAUCAAUCAAAAUCUAAGUCGUGG